AAAUCACAGGUGCGCUGUGACGUCAUAAAUCUAAUACGAUUACGUUGAAGUCGAGUGAAAGUCCGAAUGUGUGCUAGGGCGGCAAAUAUGUUAAAUUACAAACUGCAAAGUUUACUGACGCAACCCAAAAGGUCGUCUACUGAGGUCAUAAUAAAUGAAACUGGUGAUGCAGAGCAUAAGGAGAGUAGUGAAGAGGAUAAUGAAAAAAUUUUAUUAGCUCCAUAUGAUUAUAUUUGUCAAAUCCCAGGGAAGAAUAUGAAAUCAAAGCUGAUUGCAUUACAGGCAUUCAACUACUGGUUAAACAUUCCAGAUGAAAAACUUAAAAUAAUACUUGAUGUCAUCCAGAUGUUGCAUAACGCAAGGAUGUUGAUUGAUGAUAUAGAAGACUAUUCAAAUUUACGAAGAGGAAUUCCAGUUGCCCAUAACAUCUUUGGUGUUCCCCACACGAUCAACUCUGCAAACUACGUCUACUUUCUUGGUCUACAAAAACUUCAGGCAUUGAACCAUCCAGAUGUUAAUAAAAUAUUCACAGAACAGAUGUUAGGCCUGCACCAAGGUCAAGGAAUGGAUAUCUACUGGAAAAACACUAAUGCUUGUCCAUCAGAGCAGGAAUAUAUGCUGAUGGUCUUGAAAAAAAGUGGAGGACUGUUUGGACUUGGCGUGAAACUGAUGCAGCUGUUUAGUGAAAACAAGAGCCAUUUUGGUAGUCAUCUUGGAUUCAAGCAAAGUGACUUCAAGCAUCUGAUUAAUGUGUUAGUGUGUUACUUCCAAGUCAGAGAUGAUUAUGCCAAUCUGAUUUCAAAAGAGCAUGAAGCUAAUAAAAGCUAUGCUUCGGAUCUGACAGAGGGAAGAUUCUCAUUUCCAAUAAUCCAUGCGAUCAGCUCAAAUCCAAAUGACAACCAAAUCCUCAGUAUUUUACGACAGAGAACGACCGACCUUGAUGUUAAGAAGUACUGCGUGGAGUUGAUGGACAAGAAGGGAUCGUUCGAAUACACUAUUAUGAAACUGAAUGAAAUGAAUAGAAGUGCCAGUAAUCUCAUUAUGAGAUGUGGUGGAAACAAACAUAUGGUUGAUCUUAUCGAUGAACUAAAGAAAGUGUAUGAAGACAACAGUUGUUAGUGAUCCUCAUUCAACUGAAAUCACUCUUCUCCUACUGAUGUCAUCAUUCUCACACUACUGACUCCAAUAAUGAUGUCAUUGUUGUUCCAGUACUGAUUUUACUGUUGUUCCAGUACUGAUUUUACUGAUGUUCCAGUACAGAUGUUACUGUUGUUCCAGUACCGACGUUAUAAUGUUAUCCCAGUACUGAGGUCACUAUUGUUCCAAUACAAAUUUCUCUGCUGUUCUAGUAAUGUCAUCAUUGUUGUUCCAGUACUGACAUUACUGUUGUUCCAGUACUGAUAUUACUGCUCUUCCAGUACUGACGUCACAGUUGUUUCAGUACUAAUGUCAGCGUUCCAGUACUGAUGUCACUUGUGUUCUAGUGAUGAAGUCACUGUUGUUCCAGUUUUGCAAUGUUUUUCUUUAGGACCGACAUCACUGUUCUUCCAGUUCUGGCAUCACUGCUGUCAGUACUGACGUCUUUGUUGUUCCAGAAUAGCAUAUUUUUUGGUAGUUGCAGGACAAAGUAUAUAAGUGACUUCAGCCCUAGGAUACGAGGUUAAACCUGUAACUUAGGAUAUGAACAUUGUUUCUGUAACCAAUCAUAUGUGUAUCAUUUUCCCUUGGGAUUCCAAGUUUUCACUACAAAUACCAAAAUUUAUUUUAAAUUACAGUUAAUGUGGUUUUUGCACAUUAGUUUUUAAAGUCUAUAUAAUAAAGUCUGAUCAAUCCAAGCAUUUGUAACAAAAUAAUAUUUAUGAUUGGAUUUGUAGAGAAAUUAAACUUAAAUCAGAAUAAAAAUGAAUACUGAUA